ACAUGAUGUAUUUGCGGAAAAAUCGUAGAAUCAAUACGAAACCACUGGGGCACCCUGGCGGAGGAGGCGCUGGCUCGAGCAUAUUGCACUGGAACAAUCGAAAGAUGCUGCUGAAACUUCAAAAGCAACUUCGCCUGCAAGGAUUAUGUUUGUCUUCGCUGGCUAUGGAGGAAAAUCCGGCACCUGCGUUUGGUGCAAGCAAGCCGAGGCACAGUGGUUCGUUUGGGUUGUUGGAUAAUCCUGGCGCAGUCUCCGGUAAUGUAAAUGAUGGUACCAGCACCCUAGGAUGUCACUGCCAUUGCGCAUGUGCCGGAUCACUGAUGGUAGCGAAGGCAACCGGCGAAUGUCGUGAACCACAGGGGGCUCACGCCAAUGUUUUCCGCGAGGAAGGCGUUUGUGUUACCCAACCGGUUGGCGUGCAAUUUUCCCGGUCCAAACGUCAACCCAGGAGUGCUCAGUCAUCGUCAGGACAUCGCUCUCACCGCUAUGACCGUGUGAUACCAUCCACGGCAAGUGGUUUGUUUACGCCAGUUUACGAAAACAAUACGCGGGCUUUGCUCUACGGCAAAAGAAACCGUUCUUCGUCCCAUGGGUCCUCGUCGGGUCCUGGUUCUCCUGAUACCAACCAUUACCGAAAGUUGCACCGACCGGCUAGUGACACGUCAGCACCACCGGUGGGAUCUGAGGGUUUGCGAGUUAGUUGCCAAAAUCACCCACCAGUGCAGCUAACAAAAUUUGAGCCCAAUCCGGACCAUUAUUACCAUCACCACCAACAUCAUCAUCAUCAUACGCCUCCUUUUCGGCACCAGCAUCGGCAGCAGCAUAAGCUCUGUAUCCGCACAACCACUGCUGCCGCCGCAAACAGAACCACUGGUGCUAGUAUUCCGAUUUGCAUGCAAGCGAUGCAUAGCUUUGUGAGUGUACGCGAAACUCAUCAUAUCGCUCAGGCUCAGCAGGAGAAGAACGCCAAACUGCGCGAGGCGUUCGGUAUAUCGGAAUAUUUCGUCGAAGGUACAAGUUUCGAUCAGGAUCGCAAGGCGAAGGAAGACCUCGCCAAAUCGGAAGCACUGCAGAAGGAGAUUGCGGAAAAGGAGAAGGCCAAAGAGAUGGAACGAGCCAAUCGGAAGCGGUACGCGCUGGUGCGUACUCCUUCGCCGGAAAAGGAAAGUGGCCGCAAUGGGAAGCAACGGCGAGGAGAGGGCGCUGAAGAGCUCGAAGACGGUGAGCACGAUGACAGGGACGAGGAAAACGGUGAUGGAAGCGAUGGUGGUAAGGUGAACUCCAAGGGCAAUGCUACACUGCGUCGCGAAAAGGACGACAAAAAGAAGAAAAAGAAAAAAGCACGGGAUGCAUCUUCCAGUCCAGAGCGCAAGAAGGAUAAAAAGAAGAAAUCGAAGAAGAACAAAAAAGAAAGGUAAUUAUGAUAAUCUGAUCCUUGCGGAGCAAUGCGAUUAUUGCGAACAUAUUUUACGUGAACGGGAAUUCUUUUAGCAAUUUGUUGAACACAAUUUACGGCACUGUUCGUAAACGAGUAUGAGAAAUCUAUUUCGACACUCGAUGUUUCUGUUGUCUCAUUUAUUCCGUUGGUUUUUCUUUUAGGAAUUUGCUGUAAACUAUUAGUUAGCUUUAUAGAAAUCGUAUGAUUUAUCUAUUAGCUGUGAUACAUUGGGGGGACGUACUUUUUAUGGGAAUAGGUUUAUAGAUCCCAACUUUUAACAAGUCUCAAACCAAAGGGGGAGAUACGAAUUCAAUGAAUGAAGGAAUUAAACGUGGCUGUAAUACUGGGUACCUUUCAUUAAUCAGCUGUAUAGCAGUUGACCGAUUAAACAUGAUCG